UGUGGUCGAGGAAAGAGGACGCAUUCACCGGCCGCCCACCUCUCCUUGUCGUUUCGAAGUGCUCUCUGUUUCAUGUACCAUCCACUGAAAGGGCCUGACUGAUGGUGUGCGGUGCUUACUGAUGAGAUGCCAAACACUGACUGGAGACCUUCCUUCUGUGAGAGGCAGGUGUACUGUCGAGUGGCCCUUCCAGAUCUGGCUCUCUUGGCUCUUCCUCCACACACACGACAGUGGAGAUCGA